GAUGGCUAUUGCUUUAAGCUCCGUCGGCGCUGGCGCCGUGCGGCGCUGCGAGGAUUCCCACUGCGGCGCGCAUGGAAUUCGAUCGAGAAAUGGAGCGCGGGUGAGCUGUGCGGUUGGCAAGGUCAGAUUUCUUGCCCUAGGUGCUGCGUCGAUCGAUCAGCUUGAAGGUGGGAAUUCAAGUGCCAAAGCUGAUGGAGGAUUGGGGACGAAGGAGCUGCUAGCUUGUCCGAUUUGUUUCGAUGCGUUGCUGCGCAAGGGUCCGCCAGGAAUCAAUCAGUUCGCGAUAGCAAAGUCUGGAUUUCAAUGCUCUACGUGCAAGCGAUCGUUUUCGUCUAGAAAUGAGUAUCUGGAUUUAACUGUCACGUCUGGUGCCAAGGACUAUGUGGAAGUUCCUCCGACUGGCACUGAGCUUUUCAGAAAUCCUCUGGUUUCUUUGAUUUAUGAGCGGGGCUGGCGACAAAACUUCGAAAGGAGUGGGUUCCCUGGUCCAGAUGAAGAGCUUAAAAUGGCCUUGGAGUAUCUUCGACCAGCCUUUGGAGGUGUCAUAGUUGAUGUGAGCUGUGGGAGUGGUCUUUUCACUCGACGAUUGGCAAAAUGUGGCUCGUUUGCAGCGGUAAUCGCAUUAGACUUCUCCGAGAGCAUGCUACGGCAAUGCGCUGAGUUCGUCAAACAGGACAAAUCUCUGAGAACAGCAGAUAUCGCCUUGGUUCGAGCGGAUGUUAUUCGUCUUCCUUUUGCGUCUGGAACCGUUUCUGCUAUUCAUGCUGGUGCUGCAUUGCAUUGUUGGCCGUCUCCUUCAUCUGCAGUGGCGGAGAUAUGUCGAGUUCUGAAACCGGGCGGAGUUUUUGUAGCGACAACGUUCUUGUCGAACUCAAUCUUUCCUUUCCUACCUCAACGGAGAUCAUCGAGUUUGAGAUACUGGACCGAAAAAGAACUCGAAGAACUGUGCAAGCUGUGUGGACUAGUCGACUACCAGAAGAAGAUCAAAGGAAACUUUAUUAUGCUCACAGCUCGAAAACAAUAAAGUUAUUUGGUAAGGCUCGCU